UGCCUUCAACACUCAAUUGGGCUGGCAGCUUCCCACUCAUCUGAUCAUCUCUCAUGUUUUUUUUUUCAGAUUUAAUCUCCAUUCCAUGAAAAAAGAAACCUCCAAUGAUAUUCUCUCUCCUCUUUCUAUGUCUAAACCUCUCUUCUCUCUUCCGUUUCUCCUCUGCCAGAGGCGCCCAACUCCGCACUUACAAUCAAUCAGGUUAUGAUGACAGAAAUUAUGAGAAUUCUGGGAGGCGGAUGUAUUCGAUGAACGACUUUCAAAUGACUGAGGAAGAUUACAAUGCGAGGCUUGAAAAGUUAGCAAAAGGCUACAUGAGUAACUCUGAUCUUCAGGAGGCAAUGCAGGAAUUUAAUAGCCGCUGUCCUAACAUCUCCAGAGUUUACAGCAUCGGAAAGAGUGUAUUCGGAGUUCCUCUGUUGGCUAUGGAAAUUUCUGACACACCUGGGACUAUUGAUGCUGAGCCUUCUUUUAAGUUUGUUGGAAAUGUGCACGGUAAUGAACCUGUAGGCCGUGAACUUCUGUUACUUCUAGCAAAUUGGCUGUGCGAUAAUUAUUUGAAGGACUCAUUGGCAACCACAAUUGUAGAUGAUGUCCACCUUCAUAUACUUCCGUCCAUGAACCCUGAUGGUUAUGCUCUGAGGAGGCGCGGAAAUGCAAAUAACAUUGAUUUGAAUCGUGAUUUUCCAGACCAGUUCUUUCAUAUGAAUGAUGAUAUGGACUUGCGGCAACCUGAAACAAAAGCCAUGUUGAAAUGGAUGAAAGAUAUACACUUUACAGCAUCUGCCACUCUGCAUGGGGGAGCGUUGGUUGCAAACUAUCCAUGGGAUGGAACUGAAGAUAAAAGGAGAGAUUACUUUGGGUGCCCAGAUGACAAGACUUUCAGAUUUUUGGCCAGUUUAUACAGUAGGUCCCACUACAAAAUGUCUCGGAGCAAGGAGUUCCCCGGUGGAAUUACAAAUGGUGCAUUUUGGUAUCCAUUAUAUGGUGGCAUGCAAGAUUGGAAUUAUAUUCAUUCUGGCUGCUUUGAACUCACUCUCGAGAUUAGUGAUGAAAAAUGGCCUGAUGCUAGUGAGCUUCCAAAAAUAUGGGAUCAUAACAGAAUGAGCAUGCUAAAAAUUGUUGGGAGCAUAAUUAAGACUGGAAUACAUGGACAAGUUUUUUCAUCAGAUGGAAAACCUUUGCCUGCAUCAAUAGCUAUCCAGGGAAUAAACUACACGAUUGCUGCUGGCAAGAAGUUCGGUGAGUACUACCGAUUGCUGGCACCUGGUGAAAAAUAUGAAGUUAUUGCUAGCAUGCCCGGUUACAGGUCGAAGAGGGCUUGUGUUAUACUUGGUGAAGCAGCACAGACAGUAGAUUUUGUUCUUGAUUCAGAGUCGAGUAGCAUCUACAAGGAUGGUCCAGUUUUGGAGGAUUCAGGUUGCUAUCCAGAGAGCAAGACUGGUCUUCAGGCAGCCGAUUUAUUGCCUGCGACGCAGUUGGAAUUUUGUCUGCUGUUAUUUGUAAUGGCAGGAUUUCUUUGCUUCCUAAUGAAGAGGAGGGCAAGAAGGAACGAAAAACAGAUAUCUGUGCCCAGACGAGCAGCAAUGGUCUGAGAAAUUAUUAUUUUGUUAGUUGUAAGUUUGUAACUCAUUAUUUUUAUAUAGAUAAUAAUAAUAGUAUCCUUGAAUAAGGGAAAGGUAUGUUUACUAUAAUAUCAGACAGUUGAAAGUGAAAGAAAUCAAAUUAAAU